GGCCGUUCACCUCGAUGUCUCAGAGAACCAUGCCGUCGAGAAUGCAUGCAUAUGGGAGCUAGCGUAUCUAUAACCUAUAAAUGCUCCCUCUCCCUUCUUGUUCUUCAAGCUCAACUCACACUACUCAGCUCAGCUCUCUCUCUCUCUCUCUCUCUCUCUCAAAUUCUCAAUCCCCAAUUCCCCACCAAGCUUGUUCUUCACGUGGAUCGAUAAAAGCAAAUCAUGGGCAUCCCAUCCGCGCAAUCGACGAGAUCCAACAAGACGACGAGCGGCACCGGCGCCGGGGCGCGGGCCGUGGUGGAGUCGCUGUACGCGUCGCUGGCCCGGGGCGACGCGGCGGCGGCGACGGCGCUUCUGGCGGCGGACGUCGACUGGUGGUUCCACGGCCCGCGGCGGUGCCAGCAGCACAUGCGCCGCCUGCUCACCGGCGAGCUCUCGUCGGCCACGGCCACCGCCGCGUUCCGCUUCGCGCCGGCGCGGGUGGCGGACGUCGGCGAGGGCUGGGUGCUGGCGGAGGGCUGGGCCGCCGGAGCCGGAGAAGAAGGCGAGAAGGACUACUGGGUGCACGCGUGGCGGGUCCGCGGCGGCGUCAUCAGCGGCUUCCGGGAGUACUUCAACACGUGCGUCACCGUCAGGGAGCUGGGCCGACGGCCCGGGCCUGUUAAGGAGGAGGGGGAUGUGCUGUGGGCCGUCUGGGAGAGCCAGAAUCCCUGGCCCAAGGCCCAGCGGUGCAUGCCUGGCCUUGUGCUCGCCAUUUGAGCCUGCAUGUUGCUUUUGGUCAAGAAGGACAAGGCCUGCGAUGAUGCUGAGAUGGUUUUGUUUUUGGAGAAAGAGAAACGAGAGGGAGUGGGAUGGUUGUAAAGAGAUAAAUUGCUCUUCUUGUUAAGAUUAGGUACUUGUUAAUAUUACUAGCACUGCUUGUAGAUGAUGCUCUUGUGUUGAUGAAAAUCUCAGAUAAUCAUAAUCUCACUUGCGCACUUCUUCAACUAUCUUCAAUUCAUACAUGUCAUACGUCACCAUCUCCUACGCAAAACAUACAUGCAUCAAAGUAUCAAACUGAAGCACUCUUAGCUAUGACGCAAAAAAUGCAUGCAUCAAACAACAGAAUGGCGAUGCAAAGCAAGCAGAAAAAAAAAAGUCCAAUUACGUACCAAUACUAGUUCAUAUCCAUGGGAAAACCAGGGAAUAAAGAAGUGCCAAGGGUCCAGAAGAAUUGGUGUAAGCAGAGUGAUGUUCAGAUACAUGUAUAAUGAUAGCUAAGAAAAGGAGCAGCUGUGGCAACAAAAUCGGCAACGUUCAAAAGAGUAACACAGUGACAAUAUUCUGCUAUGGCCUGCAAAAUACUUCUCAGCUCGAACCUCAUGCCGAGUCUCAAGCACCUCAAAAGAAUUAUACCAAGAAUGGGAGGUGGCAAUGCAUCAAGCUAAGUAAAAUAAAAUAUGAUUACAAUGUCCUGAGAAAAAAUUAACUGGAGAACAAUUAUCGUCAUUAUUCAACACGUAAACUCGACCUGCCGAGCAGAGGGACAGCAGGAACCCAUGCAUCCCUGUACAUCAAGCUCCAAAAGAAGAAAAGGAAAAUAACAAGAGAAAGGAGCCAGAAGUACAUCUGUGCAUCUGAAAUACAUUGAUGCAUGAUGCCGCU